AUGUCGAAUCCAGCACCCGUACAGCCUAUUCAUGGCAACUAUCACGCCUAUUACUCGAGAAAACAGAAUGCAACUGGAAAUCUUGAUCCUCGACUGAGUUUACUUCCAAAAGAUAUCUUUGCUGGUAAACGAGUUUUGGAUGUAGGCUGCAACGAAGGCUGGGUCACCGUGGACAUUGCAAAAUUUUUCGCACCCUUCAAAGUUAUUGGCGUCGACAUUGACGGCGAUCUCAUUCGAGCAGCAUGGAAACGCAGAAAGCUCGUCUGGAGUUUACAAGCACCACCAGCACAGCAUGACAUGACUUCAGAGUCUGAAGAGGCGCCCUCACCUCGACCCGGAAAGAAGAGAAAGCGCAUCGAUGCUCAGUCCAUCAUCCCUAUCAACGAGUCCCUCACAAGAUUGUACCCGGUCCCAAGGUCAACCAAGGAGAACAUGCAGUCAUAUUUUCCUCUUGCAAUGGAGUACAUGUUCGAGCCUCUACCCAUUCCCUCUGUCAACUACCUUCCCGAACAUCUGCAUCGACAGUUUCCCCACAAUGUGGCAUUCUAUGCAGCAGAUUGGAAUCGGAAAGUUGAUCACGACGCAUUACUACAAAUGUCAGAUAACGUUGGCGGGAUUGAAAAGGAGGAUCGCGAUGGGUACGACGUGGUAAUUGGGUUCUCCAUUACAAAAUGGAUACAUCUCAAUGAUGGUGACGAGGGUAUUGUACGAUUCUUUCGAAAGGUCCAUACAGUGCUGCACCCCCGAGGAGUCUUUCUCCUCGAGCCACAAGAGUGGGAAGAAUAUGCUAAAGUGCGAAGAAUAAGCCCCAUCCUAGCUGAAAACUACAAGGGGCUAAAGCUGCGACCGUCAGAGUUUCCGAGUCUACUUGAAGAUAUUGGCUUCAAACGAGAAUCUCCGUAUACGGUUGAUGGACGCAAACGAUCCAUUCUUUCUGGCAAAGGCGCAGGAAAGACUGGAGGCAAAGGAAAGGGUGGAAAGGCAUCGCUCAGUGCUGGAGCUGCUGAUAAGGGCGCGUCGCGUUCGAGCCGUGCUGGCCUUCAGUUCCCAGUCGGUCGUAUUCACAGAAUGUUGAAGCGUGGAAACUAUGCUCAACGUGUUGGUGCCGGUGCUCCCGUUUACCUCGCUGCCGUUCUCGAAUAUCUUGCAGCUGAGAUUCUCGAACUCGCUGGCAAUGCUGCUCGUGACAACAAGAAGCAACGUAUCGUUCCACGACAUUUGCAACUCGCUAUCCGAAACGAUGAAGAACUCAACAAGCUCCUCGGUGAUGUCGUCAUCUCGCAGGGUGGUGUUGUUCCCCAUAUUGCUGCUGAGCUCCUCCCGAGAGCAGGCAAGCGUGGCAUGGAGAGCCAGGAGAUUUGA